AGCAAAGCAACAGUGCCCAUGCACACAUUGCGUCGCCAACGCUCGAAGGAAGUCGUCAAGAACAUCGAACAUCUUCUGCGGCAAUGGCAUUCGACACGCGCCUCAUGGGUGGUUUGCGGUCCUUCGAAUCUAUGGCUUCUGCGCCUUCGCUGCGAGCGUCAGAUUCAACAUUUAGAGACAGCAUGGGCGGCGAUGAUACUGGAAAUGUCAAGGUGGUGGUGAGAGUGAGGCAGUUUAUUCCUCGAGAAAUCGAAGCCCAGUCAACAUGCAUCGUUUCCAUGAACCCAAAACUCCAGCAGACCAUUCUCGAACCUCCUCCAGUUGCGCCGGACUCAACUCCAAACAAGAAGGCAACAAGACCAGAGAAGAAGACUUUCACAUUUGACAAGUCGUUUUGGUCACACGAUCCUACGUCCCCACAUUACUGUACUCAGGAGGAUAUAUACGCUUCUUUUGCCUCCGAAUUCCUCGAUCACAACUUUGAGGGAUACAACACCUGUAUAUUUGCGUAUGGGCAGACCGGUAGUGGCAAGUCAUAUACGAUGAUGGGCACGCCUGAGCAACCAGGUUUGAUCCCUAGAUACUGUGAGGAUCUCUUCCAGCGAAUCCAGGGCCAACCAGAGGAGAACACGACGUAUAAUGUGCACGUGUCGUACCUGGAAAUUUAUAAAGAGCACGUCAGGGACCUUCUCGUACCACGCCCUACGGGCGGAAGACCAGAAGAGCUUCACUACUUGAAGAUUAGACAGAGCCCUGAAGAAGGUGUCUACAUCCAAGGCCUGACUGAUGCUCCUGUCAAGAGCUACGCAGAUAUCCAACGUCUAAUGGAAUUGGGUGACCAGAACAGAACUACGGCUUCAACAAAGAUGAAUCAGACCUCCUCGCGCUCACAUGCUGUAUUCACCAUCACCCUUAAGCAAAUCCAGCACUCACUCACCAACGACGAGACCAUUGAAAGGACAGCCAGGAUGAGGUUGGUGGAUCUGGCAGGCUCUGAAAGGGCAACGAAGACAGAAGCAAAGGGCGAACGACUUAAAGAGGGCAGCAAGAUUAACCAGUCGCUAACCACGCUUGGCCGCGUCAUUGCAGCUCUUGCUGACCCUCGACGCCAAGCAUUGCAAAGCCCUGGUGGAGGGUCCGGCCGCAACAGUCCUCGGCCAGGAUCUUCUCACGGUCGUCCACGCUCCUUGCACCUCGAGGUUGUCCCGUAUCGAGAUUCUGUGCUUACAUAUCUUCUGAAAGAUUCGCUUGGUGGCAACUCAAAGACUGCGAUGGUUGCGUGUAUCUCGCCGUCAGCAAGCGAUUAUGACGAAACUCUCUCAACUUUGCGUUACGCAGAUCAAGCUAAACGCAUUCGUACCAAGGCUCACGCUAACAUUGAUGCUGUAAAUGCUGCUGAACGCGAUGCCCAGAUUAGCUUGAUGGCGGAAACUAUCCGCUCGCUCCAGCUAAGUGUGAGCCGUGCUCAUGAACGCAAGCAGCAGGAAAUGGAAGCGCUGGAUAGUUAUCAAGAAAAGGUCCAGCGAAUGCAACGUCUCAUGGAUGAGAGCCGCCAAGUCAGUGAAGCCAGAAUCAAGGCUCUGCAACAGGAGACGGAAUACCUCCGCCCAGAAAAUCAGAGAUUAAGAGAUGAGAAUGAGGCUUUGAGAAGGCACCUGAGUCUAGCUCUCGGAGAACUUAAAAAUCCAAUCCAGAUACCGCAGGAAUACGCUCUUGUAGAGGAACCUGUAAGCAGAGGCGUUGCAAAUGGCACAAAGUCAUACGGCGAAUUGUCUCCUGCUUAUGACGAUGAGGACAAAGAAAACCUCGAAAGUAAUAAUGGCAAUGCUCAGAGCAAAAAGGAAGAGCAUGAAGUCAUGCACGAAGACGAAGCUCAAGACUCCCAAGAGAUCUGGGCGAGGGAGGUUCAGGAACAAGCGCAGAUGUUUUUACAAGAGCUGGGCAUGUUCAGGAAGAAAGUACGUCAUGACAAGAGUCGAUUCGGCAACGUGGAGAAGGUCCGAUUGUCGCUUGCUGGAAUUCCUGCGUUCUAAAAUGCUAAAUUGUCAGUUAACUUCACACAUGACGGAGUGGGAAGAGCGUUGGCGUACGGUGACAUUAUUAUCGGAGAUCCUGGAUUAUAGUUGCUAGUAUUAGGCAAUGGCAUAUUCUGAUGUUCGAAGCUCCAUCCUGCACUCAUCGUAAUCUUUUGUAUCAUGACAUCACUGUAUAUGCAAUCUACUUUCAUUUCGAGAAAUGAUAUUUCUGUCGGCUUGAAGGUACCAUAAACAACAAGUAGCAAAAAGAG